CACAAGCUUUCUCAAGGUUCUACAGAGUAUACAGUAUUUUUAUGGAUUACUAAUUGAUUGUCUUAUAUGGAAAGCUAGGCCUAAAGGAGAGGACAGGAGGGGCGGUAACAGAUGUUUUGAUUUGGUUCUAUUCUUUGAAAGUAUUAAUACAAGUUGUAAAAAUACUUUUAAGUCUAGUACAUAUGAAAUGCCAUACACUUUCUAAGUAAAUAAGGUUUCCAGUAAAGAAUGAAAAAGGGAAAACUGAUUGCUUGCUUACUAAACAUAUCAGAGGGAAGAAGAGAGAAGAUCUUGAAUGUUAUUUUGAAUGAAACCAUCAAGACAAUAGUAACUGGAGGAGUCACUGCAACCAUCAUCAGUACCUUCUCCGACAAAGAAUACAACAGAACUGUGUUAACAAUAUGUGGAGAUGAAAAAGGAGUUUCAGAUGCAGUUACAUCAACUUCUUGUCAGGUUAUGAAGUACAUAGACAUUAGGGUACAUCAAGGAGGACACCCAAGACUUGGAGCAGUGGAUCUAAUUCCUAUUCAUCCUCUUACUCCUGAUAUAUCCUUGGAGGAAUGUGGAAGAAUAGCAAGAAAAAUUGCAAACAGUAUAGAACAACAGAAUGUUUCCAGUUCGUUUUAUUUUUAUGGAGGCUCUGAUCCAACCAAUAGAACACUUAUAAACAAAAGAAAAGAGUUUGGAUGGUUUAAUAGUGUUAUAAAGAAGACCCCGGAUAUGGGGACCUAUAACCCUCAAGUUGGCUUAUCAGGUGUUGGGAGUAGCUACUAUAUGACAAACUUCAAUAUCACACUUGAAACUCAAGAUGCAAAAAUUGGUGAUGAAGUAUUAAAGAGGGUUCGAGAACGGGAAUUAGGGUUUAGAGGUGUUUCGGCCAUGGCUUUUCCACACCAGGGUGGUCUAGAAAUAGCGUGCAAUGUAGACAUGUUUCCCGCAUCUUUAAACCAAGAUGACGAGGUAUAUCAAGAAAUAAUGCCGGGGGUUUGGAGGACUAGGUUUAGGUGUAUAGAGGAAGCAACUGCAAAAGUCUGCUCAAAAUAUAACACAAAAAUUAGGGGAGAUUCGUUGAUAGUUGGUUUUACUCCUGAGGAAGCAUUGGAGAGAACCAUUACUGCUCUUCAAACCAGAAACCCUUGUACAGUUAAUCCUAGCAGUCCUGUACAUAUGUAGUACAACAAUUACUGCUCUUCAAACCGGAAACCCUUGUACAGUUAAUCCUAACAGUCCUGUACAUAUGUAGUAAAACAAUUAUUGCUUUUCAAACCGGAAACCCUUGUACAAUUAAUCCUAGCAGUCCUGUUCAUAUGUAGUAUGCUCUUUGAACCGGAAAUCAUUGUACAGUUAAUCUCAGUAGUACUGUACAUAUGAAGUACAGCAAUUUCUGCUUUUUAAACCAGAAAUCCGUGUACAAUUGAUCCUAAAAAUCCUACAGGACUGCUGUAAAUAGCAGUCCUGUACAUAUGUAGUACUACAAUUGUUGUUCUUCAAGCCGGAAAUCGUGUGUACUGUGGUAACCAGAAAACACUGGAAUGUUAUUUUCUUUCUUCUUUAAACUAUUAUCAUUAAAUCACGAUCAUUUCUAAAAAGAUUCUUGAACAGUUUAGAUAAAGAAAUACAAAUUUAAAAACUAAAUUUUUUUAGCGACAUUUCUUUAAAAAUGGAAAUAGCAACGGAGAUAAUUAAUGCACAAUUUAAACAAGCUUGAAAUUGGUAUGAUGUAAAACAAUGUCAAUCUUGAAAUAAUUGUAAAUUAUAAAAAAUUUAAAGAAUAUUAUACUAUACGCAUAAUAUUCUUUGAAUGUCAUCUCCCUGUACAACAGUUUUAUUGCGCCCACUUUAUCAUCUACAUGUUCUCCAAAUUCCUCAUACUUUUCAGACAUUAUUAAUAUAACAUGAACUUUCAAUUUAAGAUAUUUCUUGUUCAAUUAAAUAGUCCUGUGAACAUGAAACACCGAAAUUGUGCAGUGUACACAGACUCAUUUAAUGUAAUAAGUGGAUUUCAAGCUACUUCCUCUGAAACGAUUUGCAUUAGAACAACAUUAAAUACACAUAAUAUUGUCUACAUGUCGUCUUCCUAUUUCACAGUUUUCUGGAUUUCACUGUAUGCUUAGCUUCCUGAAUCCCAAAUAUAUUGAACUGUUAUUGUUUGUAAAUCUAACAGUAAACAUGAAUAUAUUAGAUAGUUAUGAUUAAAUGUUAUUUUCUGGUAAAUUGGUUGGUUGCUUUAUUGCUUCCAACCAAAUAAUCAUAAACAACUGCUUGGGUUUUCAGGUUCAUUGUAUAAAAUAUAUUUGAAAUUAAUAAUAAAGAAUAGAAUCAGA